AUGAAGCGGGUUGCGAGGGAAGAGUGGGGAGGGAUUGGAAAGGACUGGCUUUGGCACUACCACCAGCACCCCCUGUUGCUUUCUCAAAUAGCUUUUCUGGAGCUCCUUUGCCUCCCCAUCUUUCCCCUCCUCCUUCCCUUCCCUCUUCCCUUCUGCCUUCCCCUCCCCCUCUCCCUUCCCUUCCCCCUCUCUCUCCCCUCCCUUCUCCUCCUCCCUCCCCCACCUCUACCUACUCCUCUCAGUCCUCCUUUCCCUCCUGCCAGUCCUGCUUUAGCCGCCGAUGCUGCUGCUGCAGCGAGGCUCCCCCUUUCGAGACGUCCUCUUACGUCGUGCCACGUGGCACGUCAUGUGUCCCCCAAGCGCCUGCGACUUGCCUCAAAAGAAGCAGCUGCAGCUGUUGCUGUUGCUGUGCGUGUGAUUGUGCUGCCUGUUGUUGUGUCUGUUGCUGUGCCUGCAGCUGUGUCUGCUGCUCUGAUUCUUGCCCCUGUUGCCUCUGCCUCGCCUGCUCCUCCAGUUGUCUCAGAAGAAGCAGCUGCAGCUGUUGCUGUGCGUGCGAUUGUGCUGCAUGCUGUUGUGUCUGUUGCUGUGCCUGCUGCUGUGCCUGCUGUUCUGCUUCCUGCCCCUCGUGUCUCUGUCUUGCCUGCUCCUCCAGUUGUCUCAAAAGAAGCAGCUGCAGCUGUUGCUGUUGCUGUGAGAGUGAUUGUGCUGCCUGUUGCUCUGCCCGUUGUUGUUCCUGUUUCUGUGCCUGCUCCAGACCUGCUGCCUGCACCUCCUGCCGCUGCUUUUCUCGCUCCUCAAAACCCUGCUGCAGAAACAGUAGCUGCUGCUUCAUCAGCUGCUGCUGAAUCCCCAACCUCUGACUCUGCUCCUUCUGCAAUUCCUCCUUCUCCUGCUCAGCUUCCUGCCGAGCUCUCUGCAUCAGGGCUUGGUGCUGCUUCUGCUGCUGCUGCUGCUGCUGCUGCUGCUGCUGUUGUUGUUGUUGCUGCUGCUCCAGCCACUGAUUCUGCUGCUGAUGCUCCAGCCUUUGACUCUGCUCCUGCUGCGAUUGUUCCUUCUCCUUCUCAGCUUUCUGCCGAGCUCUCUGCAUCAAGGCUUGCUGCUGCAGCACCUCAUGCUGCCUCUGCUGCUGUUGCUGCUGCUCCUCCUCCUGCUGCUGCUGCUGCUGCUGCUGCUUCUCAGCUUGCUGCUCGGCUUGCUCCUGAGCUCUCUGCAUCAGGGCUUGCUGCUGCUGCUGCUGCUGCUGCUUCUCAGCUUGCUCCUGAGCUCUCAGCAGCAAGGCUUUACCCAUUUUUUUCAUCCAUCCCCAUGCUCCCCCUCAUGACCACUCUCCUAUCCUCGUUAUCCCUCCUCGCAGCACCCUCCCAACCUGUCUCAUCCGUCCUCUCUUCAUCAUCUUUAGAAACACCACUACCCCUGAACCUUUUCCUCCCCUCUCCCUCUCUUGUCCUCUCUUUCCCCCUCGCUUCUCCUCCCUUUUCUCUCCUUUGCCCUCCCUUCUACCCCCCUUCUCACCCCAUCUCCUUCCCCUUCCCUUAUCCUCCCCUCCCCUUCCACAUCCCCCGCCCGUAUCCUUCCUUCCCCUACUCUUAUUCCAUCUCCCCUUUGGGUUAUACAGUCUUCGUCUGA